AGCUGUUUACCAACCGACAGUCAUCUGACGGUUUCUUGGUUGCGCUGCUGUACUAUAGUUAUGUGUCGCUUGUCUUAGCCAUUUGCAUUUUGUUUAGAAAUUUCUAGUGCUUACGCGCUUUCAUCGAACAUAUGCUGGUCGGGAAGACAAGCUUGGCUCGACAACAGUCCGAGUUUGAAGCGGGUGCAUUUUGCCGCCAGUGCAGCUGCCAUGCCUAUCCAGGCCGGGCUCACAGCCGACUCUGCCAUUGCCCUGGUGCAGCGCUAUCUGGGGAAGGAGCGGCUUCACUGGCGGCCCUGCACCUAUGCUUCACAGGGGGAAGAGAUCACUCCUGUCCAACGGAACCACACUGUGAAAUGGCUGACUGUCCUCAACCGGUACCUGAAGUUCAAUCCUGAGACUCUCUUCCUCUCGGUCACACUCAUGGACGAGUUCCUUCGCUUGGUUAGGGCACAACCCAAGUACCUGAAAUGUAUUGCUAUUUCGUGCUUCUACUUAGCGUCCAAGAUAAUCGAGGAAGAUGAGGUGGUUCCACAUAUCAAGGAUCUGAUCAAGAACUGUGAUUGCAUCUUCAGUGUGUCCGAGAUUACCCGCAUGGAGGCAUUGAUUCUCAAGAAACUCAGAUGGGACCUCUGUCGAGCCACAUCGCUUGACUUCCUGCACGGGUUUUACGCCCUGCUGGUGUUGAACCGGAGCCUGCUCCUGCCAGACCAGUCUGAGCAGCAGUUGGCAGCUUUGGGUCCUCUGCUGGAAACCAAGCUGCAGAUCUGCUUGGAUCAGGCGUCUCUGGUGGGGACCCGGCCCUCCACCUUGGCCCUGGCCCUGGUCAGCCUCGAGCUGGAGACGUGGACCCCGAACUGGUUCGUCAUCACUAUCGCCCUGCAGCGGCUGGCUAAGGUUGAGAACAGCGACGUCAUUCGGUGCCGAGAAGAGCUGGCCUGCAUCUUUGCCAAAGCGCGCACGGCCGUUUCGCGAAAGCACCGACACUCCGACUCCCAAAAUGCCCACAAGCCAUCAAAGAGAAGGAUGGAGACGACUGACAUUGAAGACAUUUAUGACAGCAUCAAAAGGUUGUACGGAGAGGAAACCACAUCGACGACAUCGCCAACCCCGGCCAGCAUCUCCUGUGGCAUGCACCAGGGCCAAGGUGGCAUCAGUGUGCCCGGCUUUCCUGUCCGCGCCAUGUAAAGAAACUGCCCCAGUUGAUGUGGGGAAGCCACACGGAAGGAUCCUUGCUAGAUGCCAAGGGAAGGAAGCCAGGCCUGGUGCCAGCCCAAGACAGUUUCCCGCCCACAUCACCUAGUCCAUUAUUUUAUCAUUUGCUUUUAUUUUUAUUAGGCCAGGGCCGGUUUAAUCGCAACGAAAAGCACCGCUAGUGUUUUUGUGCAGUACUUUUAGCAGGAUUAAGGUCUAGUCGCAUGCCACAAAACUGUUAUUCAUAGCUUACAUUUUUUUUUAUUUGCCUUUUUUUUUCCCCCCUUUUUUUAUUCUUGCGACUAUGGCCAUUGUUGACAUGUCGCAGGUGCAACCACAACCUUGGAACACAUUUUGCAAGACUGCAUAGGCUGUUGCUGCUUCCCUGGUUUUGCUAGAGUACUUUUUUUUUUGUUGGACAUUUAUAUUUUGUUAUACAUAUAUUAUAUACACAUACACACAAUUGGUUGCCACCACAGUGUUUUAUUUCGAGCACUGUCACUGUUGUGCACAUUGUGCGUACACCACCUGCUUGGUUGACACUGCAUCGGGCAGUGACCUAGAGGAUGCUGGUUUUUAGAAGGGGUGCUAGAUUAUUUUUAAGGUUACGAAAAACAAGUGUACUUUUACGCGGAACAAAUGUGUGUUCUUGUCCACGUUGCUUUUGUGUACUCUGUGAAUGUUUGCCGAGACAUUUUUAAAAGCCGUUUUACACAGGGGCCACAUGAGGCCUUAAUCCUUCUCUCCCCUGCCUGUACGUUGGGCCGGUAAUGCUUAGAGGAAGGUCACCAAAAUGUUGCAUUUGAAAUGAUUACGGAAGUUGCCGAGUAAUUGUUUGCAUCAAGUCGCACAUCACAGUCCCACAAUACUGUAUAAGAUACAUAUCACACUUAAAGGGAAGAUCUCGUUAGUAUGGUAGCACUCAACUCGGAUCAGAUAUAAAGGCCUGCAGACUAUACUUUUAAGACUUCGGCCUGGCACGUUGCGAGAAAGCACUUGGAAAACGUUUAGAGAAUUUUCUCCUCUAAUUCAUGAUGAGAUGUUCCCUGAAGUGCGACAUGUACUUUUGCAGAUCUCCCACGUCCAAGAAACUGCAGCAAUAAGCGUGUCGAGCAACACCUUGCUUUGCUGUGUUGUAUGUGUUCACCGAGUGCUUGUUAAUGUUCUUGGUUAUUUAUUGUACAGCACUCUUCCGGUCUGCCUGGACUAGUUUUGCUUACAGUUUAUUAUCCUGGUCGUAAUCCACCAAAAUCUUUCAUUCCGACAUAUGAGCUGAAAAGCAUGUUGUCGGUCGGCGAUCACUUUUCUACGAGCCUGCUGUAAGCACCAACUCUAGCCCACGAGCGUUGUGGACUGGUUGGGGAGAGCCCAUGUCUUGGAAGCGUCCAGUGUUUGUCUUACGUUCGUGUCUUUCUGUCCUUUUGUUUAGAUUGUUGAUUUUAUGUUCUACAAGAGAGUACAUUGUACAAAAAAAAAAUGUAUAAUAUGUAAAAAAUGUAAAAAAAACUCAUAAUCCUAAAAAACCAAAAAAACAUUGUAAAUGAACCUCAUUUCAUCACCCAUUUUAUCAUUUUUUAAAAGAGUGCAUGGCACGUAGUUUUAUGUUUCUUUUAAUGCUCCAGAUGUCCCUGCGUUUUUUCCUGUGAGAAAGGAAUACUGUCCAGUGUUCUGGCAACCCAUUUCUUUGGAGGCAUUAAAACAAGUAUUUAUGAAAUGCA